CGAAAUUCCUGCGAUAUAAUUGGCUGAGAGACACGUCAAUCAAACCGCCCAUCUCGGUCUCUUCCGGCUGUGUGUCAGCCUUCCAGCAGCAGCAGCAGCAGCAGCAUCAUCCCUGCCCGAGAGAAGCGGAGUCCAGCCACCAUCACAGGUGUCCCUGUUUCCAGAGACAAGAAAGCAAAAGAGAGACAAUGUUUUAGAGACCUUGUGCUGUCUGCCCAUUCUCUACAAUGAACAAUGAAGACGAGUUCUAUGAUGCCGUCACAGGCUUGGAUUCAGAUGAGUCGUGUGAAGGCACAUCAGAAGCCAGUUUUAAAGACGCUGUAGUGUAUGAUGGUGCUCAGAAGAACAAUGGAGCAGUUCCUCAGGAGAACGGAAUUAAGAAGCGCAGGUCGUCUCUUCCUGCCCCUAUGUUCUCCAGAAAUGAUUUUAGUGUAUGGAGCAUUCUCAAGAAGUGUAUUGGACUGGAGCUGUCCAAGAUCACCAUGCCCAUUGUGUUCAAUGAGCCCCUGAGCUUUCUACAGAGAAUCUCUGAGUACAUGGAGCACACAUACCUCAUCCAGAAAGCCUGCUCACAGACCGACUCUAUAGAGAGAAUGCAGACGGUAGCUGCCUUCGCUGUGUCUGCAGUCGCUUCUCAGUGGGAUAGAACUGGAAAACCUUUCAACCCACUUUUAGGAGAAACCUACGAACUCACACGAGAGGAUCAGGGUUUCAGACUAAUCUCAGAGCAGGUGAGUCACCAUCCGCCCAUCAGUGCGUUUCACACUGAGAGUCUGACGGGCGACUUUGAGUUCCACGGCUCCAUCUACCCCAAACUCAAGUUCUGGGGCAAAAGUGUGGAGGCAGAACCUAAAGGGACCAUCACGCUAGAGCUUCACAAGCAUAAAGAGGCAUACACAUGGACGAACCCUUUUUGCUGUGUACAUAACGUAAUUCUCGGAAAACUGUGGAUUGAACAGUACGGCACUGUGGAAAUCGUCAACCACAGUACUGGAGAGAAGUGCGUGCUGAACUUUAAACCCUGUGGGAUGUUUGGAAAGGAGCUGCACAGAGUUGAAGGUUACAUCCAGGAUAAGAGUAAGAAGAAGCGCUGUGUGAUCUACGGGAAAUGGACGGAGUGCAUGUGGAGCGUCGACCCACAGGUGUACGAGGCCCAUCGGAAGCUCGAGAAGAAAGGAACGACGGACACUAAAAAACAACAGAAACAGGAGGAGCCAGAGGCUGUCAACGAGGAUGCCGAUGAAAUGCCUGAUGUACAGGAGACUGUGGCAGUGAUUCCUGGUAGCACAUUAUUAUGGCGAAUAUCAUCUAGGCCGCCUCAUUCAGCAGAGAUGUAUAACUUCACUAAUUUCGCCAUGGCGCUGAAUGAGUUGGAGCCUGGCAUGGAAGGACUGCUGGCACCAACAGACUGCCGCCUACGGCCUGAUAUCAGAGCCAUGGAGAAUGGCAACAUGGAUGAAGCCAGCAUAGAAAAGGAGAGACUGGAAGAGAAACAGAGAGCAGCUCGUAAGGAGCGGGCCAAAGAUGGUGAAGAGUGGUCCACGAGGUGGUUUCAGUCAGGCGCAAACCCGUACACAGGAUCACAGGACUGGCUGUACACUGGCGGCUACUUUGAUAGGAAAUACACAGACUGUCCUGAUAUCUACUGAUGAGGAGGUGCAAGUUCAAAGGGCAGAGGUUUCCUUCCUCACAAUGCACCAUAUUGUACCCAACCGAAAACAAUAGCGCUUAUGCUCUCAUUAAUAUUGUGCAGCCACCAUCUUCAGCACUUACGUUUAUGAUCGUGCUUAUUGAACUGCCCUUUGGAAGCAUCUUCUCUCACAUCCCAUCAACCCUGUAGGUUUUAUCAAUGGAGGAGAGCGUCGAAACAGCGGUAGGAGAACGUUCAAGCCUCUCAUCAGAGCUCCGGCUAGUGAUGCUGGAGCUCAGUGUAGAUGUAGUUAUAUCACAUGAGGUCACCGAUAAAAUGUUGCUUUGGCCGUUUUCCAUGUACAGUAGCCGUUUAACAUAUGAAACUAAUUCCAGAUGUUUUGUGUUGGGCUAGCACUGAGCCACCUAAGACCUCUGAUCCAGCUGUAUGUAGAGCGUCAUCAAGCAUUAAUUAAAAAUUACGACAGUUAUAAUGUUUAGUGAAUGAUGAUGAUGAUGAUGAAUGUUAAUAAUGAGCUCCGUUUGGGUGUGUGCGCGCUUGUGCUAAUGUAAAAAGCCAUCGAUUUUCUUUUAAUUGGUACAAUAUUUUCGUUUUCAGAUUAAACUUUACGCAAAAUAUCCUCAUUAUGGUGAAGCGUUUUAAAGCUCUUUUUCUUUCUUUUUUUUUUCACUUUGUGGUUCCUGCAGAGACUCAUGGGAUGUAAAAUAGGCUGAUUGUACUGACUUAAAUGUGUUUAAUAAGUUAAAACAAGCUCUGUUGACAUUGUAAAUGCACAUUUUCAUAUUCCACAGUUUUUAUAAGGUAUCGUUGUCACACUAAAUUGUUCCUCAAGCACUAUCCGUUGAAUUUGUUUUAUGAAAAGUAGGGUGUCAUGGGUUGUUAUAUCCAUCAGCAUUUGCAUCUGUUAUCGCAGCUCUCAAACAUAGACAUGUACACUGUGUAUUUGAGAAACGGACUAAAUCUAUGCAACCCAUCAAACUGCUCAAACACCCCAUAAUAUUUCAGUCUUGAUGAACGUAUGGAAUGGCAGCUUAUGUAAGUGUAAAUAUAACAAGCAUUUCAUUUGAGAGGAUAUUUCCUGUCUAUGGAUGCCAUGGAAAGUAUUUUACGAUCUAAUCAUACUCAGACCACAAAAGCGAUUCCUUUCAUUUAGAGACGAUCUGAAGUCAGAUGAGCGGGUUUGAAGCACAGUGAUGCAACAGUUGCUGCUCUUCUCAAGUACAUAAACACGUUUUCUUUCCCACAGUGCCUGACUUUGAAUACAUCUUAACCUUGAGCUGUUUGUUUCCCACUAGAGGGUGUUUUAAGAUUUAUGUUUUGAUUUUCUAACCACCUUUCCCCUCGUCUAAGUACUAUACAUCAACAGGAAUGUCAAAAUGUGGUAGUCACCAUUAGUUAGAUACACACGUGACAUUCAGUACACUACUUGUUUUGCAUCCUUUAUUGUUAUCUGUUCCCUCAUUAAAUGUACAUUUGAUCUUCUUUUGAAAACUAGCGUUAUGAAACUAAUAUUCCACAAUUAAAGUAUAGAUUUUAUUUUUAUGCGGCUUUGUGUGAGUUCGUUCCUCUUCACUGUAUGUCGUAUUUUCAAUGUACGAAUGUCUGUAUGUUCUGAGAUGUUGCACAUAGAUUUCUAGCAAUCGUAAGAACAUAGCUCUUAUUUUGUGCAAUGAUUUAUUUUUAUAGUAUUUAAUUUUUUGUUAAAAGGUAUUUUACUGUGAGAUGAGGUUUAUACUUCAUUUUUGAACAGUUUGCUUUAGAAAUAAAGGGGAUGUCAUUAUGGUGAGAACAAAUUCUACUAACUGAAAUUUUAGUUUGAACAUGUUGAUUCUUUUGGAAUAAUAAAAUGACACUGAUAAAACA